GGACCACCAUGUAGACCGAAUGUAGACAUUGACAGACUGCAGACGGAGAUAGAAGAUAGAAGAAGCAGAAUGGGAACAUGCAUCUGGAGCGGCUCCCGAUUGACCCACAGUAACAGAAGACCAGAAGGGAUCGUUAUUCUCCUGUGGACGUACGUCGCUCCUCUCGUUGCCUCUCUCGCUGCUGGUCUCACUGGUCUAGCUGGCUUCCUUUAGUGUUCUCUGGAUGGUCGUACGGUCUUCUCUCCACACUGUCGCUGACUGAGGGAUCUCAGCCUGUCUCUGUAUCUCAAAGUGACAACAGGAUUUAGCUCUCCCUCUGUCUGUCGGUGGACGCUGCAGCGUCUGUCUCUCUCUCUUAUCGUGUGGUGUUGCCGGACGCAGUGGCAUUCACCCCUCUUCCUCUCUUCAUUUCGAGAAUCCCUCUCUCUCUCUCUCUCUCAACCCACACAACCCCCUCGUAAAGCUGAGGUUUGUACUCCUUCUUCGUCGAGUUACUGAGCAAUACUAGCUAGUCGGUCAUCAUGGGGGACCUGACCAACAGUGACUAUUACUCUAAGAACCAAAGAAACGAUGUCAGCAGUAACCACGAGGGGGGCUUUGGGGUCUCGGUCAUGGAGCUGCGUGAACUCAUGGAGCUGAGAGGCAGCGAGGCGGUGGUUAAGAUCCAGGAGGAGUACGGGGACAUGGACGGGCUCUGUCAACGGCUCAGAACAUCACCCACAGAAGGCUUAACAGGAGAUGCAACCGACCUAGAUAAGAGGAAAGAAGUGUAUGGGGAAAACCUAAUACCUCCGAAGAAGCCAAAGACUUUCCUCCAGUUAGUAUGGGAGGCACUGCAGGACGUAACUCUGAUCAUAUUGGAGGUGGCUGCCUUGAUCUCUCUGGGACUGUCCUUCUAUCAGCCUCCGGGAGGGGACAGCGGAGAAUCCUGUGGGACAGCGGCGGCGGGUGCAGAGGAUGAGGGUGAGGCCGAGGCCGGCUGGAUAGAGGGAGCAGCCAUCUUGCUGUCUGUAGUGUGUGUGGUUCUGGUGACGGCCUUCAACGACUGGAGCAAGGAGAAGCAGUUCAGAGGACUGCAGAGCCGCAUCGAGCAGGAGCAGAAGUUCCAGGUGGUCCGAGGUGCUCAGGUCAUCCAGCUCCCGGUCGCUGACAUCGUGGUCGGGGACAUCGCACAAAUCAAGUAUGGUGACCUGCUUCCAACGGAUGGAGUGUUGAUACAGGGGAACGACCUGAAGAUAGACGAGAGUUCGCUAACAGGAGAGUCUGAUCAUGUCAAGAAAGCAGCCGACAGAGACCCGAUGCUGCUGUCUGGUACCCAUGUGAUGGAGGGUUCCGGCAGGAUGCUGGUAACAGCUGUAGGGGUCAACUCUCAGACCGGCAUCAUCUUUACUCUGCUGGGGGCCGGAGAGCCAGGGGAGGAAGAGAAGAAGGAGAAGAAAGACUGUCCCCAUCCCUCUGCCCACCCCAUCGCAACUAUAGCCACCGAUGGUGCUGCAGGUGGUUUUGCACCUGGCAAUGCCAGCCUAGUCAAUGGUCAAAUACAGGAUGACAAUAUGGAGAACAACCAGACUAAAGUGAAGAAACAGGACGGAGCGGCUGCUAUGGAGAUGCAGCCUCUGAAGAGCGCCGAGGGAGGAGAGAUGGAGGAGAAGGAGGAGAAGAAGAAAGCAAACGUCUCCAAGAAGGAGAAGUCUGUCCUCCAGGGGAAACUGACCAAGCUGGCUGUUCAGAUUGGCAAAGCAGGUCUGGUGAUGUCAGCCAUCACAGUGAUCAUCCUGGUGCUGUACUUUGCUGUGGACAACUUUGUCCUGCAGAAGAGGCCGUGGCUGACGGAGUGUACCCCCAUCUACGUCCAGUACUUUGUCAAGUUCUUCAUCAUCGGUGUCACCGUGCUGGUGGUGGCUGUACCCGAGGGGCUGCCCCUGGCCGUCACCAUCUCCCUGGCCUACUCUGUCAAGAAAAUGAUGAAAGAUAAUAACCUGGUUCGCCACCUUGAUGCAUGUGAGACGAUGGGUAACGCCACGGCCAUCUGCUCCGACAAGACCGGCACGUUGACCACCAACCGCAUGACGGCCGUGGCGUGCUACGUGGGGGACGUCCACUACAAGGAGAUACCAGACCCUGGACUUCUGUCUGUUAAGUCUCUGGAUAUCCUUGUCAACGCCAUCUCCCUCAACAGCGCGUACACCACCAAGAUACUGCCUGCCACCAAGGAGGGUGGUCUGCCCAUGCAGGUGGGCAACAAGACAGAGUGUGGCCUGCUUGGCCUGGUGCUGGACCUGAAGAGAGACUACCAACCCGUCCGCAACCAGAUCCCAGAGGAGAAACUCUACAAGGUGUACACCUUCAACUCGGUCAGGAAGUCCAUGUCCACGGUCAUCAAACUACCAGACGGCUCCUUCAGGAUGUACAGCAAAGGAGCUUCCGAGAUCGUCCUCAAGAAAUGCACUAAGAUCCUGAACCAGGAAGGCGAUACGCGGGUGUUCCGUCCCCGGGACAAGGACGAGAUGGUGAAGAAGGUGAUCGAGCCGAUGGCGUGUGACGGGCUGCGGACCAUCUGCGUGGCGUACCGGGACUUCCCUGGCGACCCAGAACCCCUCUGGGACAACGAGAACGACAUCCUCAAUGAGCUGACGGCUGUCUGCGUGGUCGGCAUAGAGGACCCUGUCAGGCCAGAGGUGCCUUCUGCUAUUGUGCGGUGCCAGCGUGCGGGCAUCACGGUGCGCAUGGUGACAGGUGACAACAUCAACACGGCCAGGGCCAUCGCCAUCAAGUGUGGCAUCAUCCACCCCGGAGAAGACUUCCUGUGUAUCGACGGCAAGGAGUUCAACAGGAGGAUCCGCAACGAGAAGGGAGAGGUUGAGCAAGAGCGCAUGGACAAAGUCUGGCCUAAACUGCGAGUCCUGGCUAGAUCCUCCCCUACUGAUAAACACACACUGGUUAAAGGCAUCAUAGACAGCUGCUUGACAGACCAGAGACAGGUUGUUGCGGUGACAGGAGACGGGACUAACGAUGGACCAGCCCUGAAGAAGGCUGACGUGGGAUUUGCCAUGGGUAUAGCCGGUACAGACGUGGCCAAGGAGGCGUCUGACAUCAUAUUAACGGACGAUAACUUCAGUAGCAUAGUGAAGGCUGUGAUGUGGGGGAGGAACGUCUACGACAGCAUCUCCAAGUUCCUCCAGUUCCAGCUGACUGUCAACGUGGUGGCUGUCAUAGUGGCCUUCACUGGGGCCUGCAUCACACAGGACACUCCACUGAGGGCGGUCCAGAUGCUGUGGGUGAACUUGAUAAUGGACACCUUUGCGUCCUUGGCGCUGGCGACGGAGCCCCCCACCGAGGCCCUGCUGAUGAGGAAGCCGUACGGACGGAACAAACCACUGAUCUCCAGCACCAUGACCAAGAACAUCCUGGGACACGGCAUCUAUCAGCUGGUCAUCAUCUUCUCCCUGCUGUUCGUCGGUGAGCAGAUAUUUGACAUAGACAGCGGUCGUCACGCUCCACUCCACUCCCCUCCGUCAGAACACUACACCAUCAUUUUCAACACCUUCGUCCUCAUGCAGCUUUUCAACGAGAUCAACGCUAGGAAGAUCCACGGAGAGAGGAACGUCUUCGACGGAAUCUUCAGGAACCCCAUCUUCUGUUCCAUCGUCUUUGGAACAUUCGCCAUCCAGAUUGUGAUCGUGCAGUUUGGAGGGAAGCCGUUCAGUUGUACUCCUCUGGAUUUGGAAAAGUGGGGAUGGUGCACCUUCCUGGGUCUAGGAGAGUUGGUUUGGGGACAGGUGAUCGCCACUAUCCCUAACAGCAAGCUGCGGUUCCUGCGAGGGGCGGGUCAGCUGACCAAGAAGAACGAAAUGCCUGGGGACGAGGACAUGAAUGAGGACAACGAGGAGAUCGACCAUGCGGAGAGAGAGCUGCGACGCGGUCAGGUCCUCUGGUUCAGGGGGCUCAACCGCAUUCAGACUCAGAUCGAUGUGGUGAACACGUUCAAGAGCGGCAGCUCCUAUCAGGGCCAGCUACGGAGACAGUCCUCCACCACCAGUCAGAACCAGGAUGUAACCAAUGUUUCUAGUCCCAGUCACGUGUCCUUGUCCAAUGCCCUUUCUCCUACCUCUCCCACUGGGCGUGAGUCACUGUCCUCUGCUUCUGUUACUUCAGGGAUGUCACCCAGUCUCUCAAAUACCCUAGAAGUAUCCCUGUACAGUAACGUUGUACAUUACAGUGGAGUCAUUUAGUUAGGAGAGGCUUUGCUUUCUCCUGACUGACUUACAGUACAAUCAGUGUAUUCAACUUUUAAAA